GCCAAUCACACGGCGGUUCACCCUCAACACAGGCGCGAAACGAAAGCGUUGCGACGCUGCUGCGGUACCCACUGGCGGCGGUUGACGGGACGAGAAAUGGACCUGCCGCAGAAGAGAAAACGAAUAAGCCACGAAUUAACCACCUCACAGCCCUCCAGCCGCGAAGCUGCACCGUCCAGCAGCACAAAUGGCCAAGCAGGAGGUUUCGUGGAGGGCUCUAUCCUCCGCAUCACCAUGCGCAACUUCCUCACCUACGAUCACUCGGAAGUGUUCCCGGGACCCAAACUAAACAUGAUCGUCGGAGCCAACGGCACGGGGAAGUCCAGUAUAGUGUGUGCCAUCUGCCUGGGCCUGGCCGGGAAAACAUCUGUCCUGGGCCGAGGAGACAAGGUUGGUCUGUAUGUGAAGCGAGGAUGCAGUAAGGGUUCAGUUGAAAUUGAGCUAUACAGAGCGAGUGGAAACUUGGUAAUCACCAGAGAGAUCCAGGUGGAGAACAACCAGUCGACGUGGAUGCUCAACAGAAAACACUCCAGUCAGAAAGCUGUGGAGGAGGCUGUGAAAGAGCUGCACAUUCAGGUCGGGAACCUGUGUCAGUUCCUACCGCAGGAGAAGGUUGGUGAGUUUGCUAAGAUGAGUAAGAUCGAACUUCUCGAAGCCACUGAGAAAUCAGUCGGCCCGCCAGAAAUGUACGAGUUUCACUGCGAACUCAAGACGUUUCGCAGCAAAGAGAGGGAACUGGAGAAUGUGUGUAAGGAGAAAGCCACCUUCCUAGAGAAGGCCAGACAGAGGAACGAGAGGAACAAACUGGAUGUAGAGCGCUACUACAUGAAGAAGAGACACUUGGACAGGAUCCAGAUGCUAGAGAAGAAGAAACCCUGGGUGGAGUAUGAAACGGCACGUAAAGAGCUCGAGGGGGUGAAGAAGGAGAGAGAGGAAAUGAAAAAGAAGCUGAAGUCGUUAAAAGAAGCUCAGGAGCCUCUGAUGAGGAAGAUCCGCUCGGUGGAGAGUCAGCUGCAGCCCAUCGAGCAGCAGAUGAAGGAGCUGACUGCUGGUAUCAGAGAUGCAACGCAGAAAUGCAAGCAGAAACAUGAUCAGCUUGAAAUAUAGGAAUAAAGAGGUUGAUGACAUCAGACAGGACCUGAGUCUGAAGCAGACCGAGGAGGCGGACCGACAGAAGCGGAUCGGACACACGCAGCUCAUGAUCAAAGACCUGCAGAAGGAGCUACAGAACAUGGGCAGCAUGGAGGACGUCACGCCUCAGAUCGAGGCUGUCAAUGCAGAGCUGAGGAAAAUCCAGGAAGAGAAAGCCAAACUGGAGGGCGAGAUGUCAGACCUGCGCAGAGAUAAAGA